AUGGGUGGCGGACAAUCACACCACGUUGACUGGGCAGCAAUUCAUGCACGAGAGCAAGCUGAAGCUGAGGCGCGCGCCAGAGCUGAAGCUGCUUGUCAAACAGAACGUGCCGCUCAGGCAGCCCGCGCAGAGGCAGACCGACUCAGACACGAGGCAGAAGCGGCACAGCAACGCUUCCAGGCCGAACAAGCGGAGGCAGAACGGCUCAGACGCGAGGCAGAAGCAGCACAGCAACGCUUCCAGGCUGAAGAAGCGGAGGCAGCUUGGAGGGUGCAAGCUGCCCGCGAAGAGGCCAAACAGGCGGGGGCGGAAGCAGCACAGCAACGCUUCCAGGCCGAACAAGCGGAGGCAGCUCGGAGGGCACAAGUUGCCCACGCGGAGGUAGAACGGCUCAGACGCGAAGCAGAAGCAGCACAGCAACGCUUCCAGGUCGAAGAAGCGGAGGCAGCUUGGAGGGUGCGAGCUGCUCACGAAGAGGCUGAACGACAGCGCCGCGAGAGAGAGCAAGCCGAGUGGGCUGCAUGUGCUGCCCAAGAGGCUGCCGCCCGCAAGGCUGCUGAAGCACGGGCUCGCCAAGAACGAUAG